GGAUGUUAAGAGGGCAAAAAAAAAAAAUCUUGAACACAAAAGAUCGAGGCAGACAAAGAACAAAGCUAAUUUGCCUUGAUUUGAUACGUUUAGAACCUUUUUCUGCGAUUGACUGGCAACCAGUUCUGAGUGUACCCCGCCUCCUGCCCGUUGACAGCUUUGAUAGCCUCCAGCAUUCCCCGUAAACCUUGUGAGGAUAAGCGAUAAAGAAAAUUGAUGGAUGAACAAUGGCCUUCACCGAACACCAAAUGCUGAUUUCGAGGGACUUUUGCAUAUUAACAUGUCCAAUGUAGUGCGUAAAGGGCGGGUGUUGCGCUGCCAGUGUCCUUCCCCCCGGUUCAGCCUCCCUCAAGGUUAAGUUUGAGGGUGUCAGGAAGCCAGAUGACGAGACUGUGGGUGGUGUCCUUCAUGUCGACAGAGUAAUAAGUCAGCUCCACAGCACUUCGUGGAAGCUCUCUGCAGGAUACACUGUACGGACAGCAGAGUUGAUGAAAAUAAAUUAACAACAACAACCCAGAAAGCCGCAACAGCGACCGAGUUAGUGCUAGCUAACUACGCUGAGCCAUGGGAGCCAUGCACUCUUCCGUGUGCUGUCACAGCCUCGUCACGGUUUAAAGUCUGCCAAAUCUUUUCCUGUGUUCAGUUGGCGGCAUAACAAUGCAAACGACAGCCAAACUCUCAAGCUCGGCCUCCCAGGUGUCUACCCCCCUCUUCCAGGCCCGUUCCAGCUCCAGCCUCUCCCUGAACGAGGAAGCGUUUUUAGAGGCCGUGGCGCGCGGCAACGUUCCCGAGGUGAAACGGUUGCUGGACGAGCUGCCGGACCUCAACGUCAACAGCGUUAACUUCGCGGGUCAGAACGCCUUGGAGCUGGCUGUGUCCAACGAGCAUUUUGAGAUCACCAAGUUGCUUCUGGGGAGGAAAGAGCUGACCCGGAUGGGCGAGGCUCUGCUCUUAGCCAUCCGAAAAGGUUAUGUGCGGAUUGUGGAGGCCAUCUUGAGCCACCGGACCUUUUCGGAUGUCCAGAGGUUGUCGUGUAGCCCCAGCGAGGUGGACAAACAUCGGGACCUCUUUGCCUACGACGAGAAUGGGAGCCUUUUCUCAAACGACAUCACACCCAUCAUCCUGGCCUCUCAGCAUCACGACUACGAGAUAGUCCACUUGCUUCUUCUUAGGGGGGCCCGUAUCCAGCGACCCCACGACUACCUCUGCCGGUGCAGCGCCUGUACCCAGCAGCAGGCUGAGGAUUCCUUCAGACACUCGCAGUCCCGCAUCGACGCCUACAAAGGUCUCGCCAGUCCGGCCUACUUGUCACUAUCCAAUGAAGACCCUGUGAUGGCAGCGCUGGAGCUCAGUCAUGAGCUUAUGGUCCUGGCCGGCACUGAGAUGGAGUUCAAGAACGACUACAAGAAACUGUCCAUGCAGUGCAAAGACUUCAUGGUGGGCCUCCUUGACUUGUGUCAGAACACAGAGGAAGUGGAAGCCAUCUUGCACGGCGACUCUCUCGAGACUGAGCAAAACCUCACCAGAUUAAAACUUGCCAUCAAGUAUGACGUCAAGAAGUUUGUGGCCCAUCCCAACUGCCAGCAACAUCUGCUCUCCAACUGGUACCAGAAUGUUUCCGGACUACGUGAGCAGACCACGGCAGUUAAGAUUCUUCUGGUCCUUGGGGUCGCGGUCAGCCUGCCCAUUCUGGCCCUUGUUUCCUGGAUUGCACCAACCAGCAAGGUGGGGAAGUUGAUGUCUGGCCCUUUCCUGAAGUUUGUGGCCCACGCCGCCUCCUUUGUGACGUUCCUGUGCCUGCUGGUUCUCAACACGGCCGACCGUUUCAAUGGACCUCCGCUGCUGCCUAACAUGACAACCCACGAUCGGCCCUCACAGCUCUUCCGCAUGAAGACCACCCCGUUCACAUGGAUGGAGAUUCUUAUCAUGUCUUGGGUCCUAGGGAAUAUUUGGGAAAAAUGCAAUGACAUUUGGUCACAGGACAUAAGAGAAUACGUCUUAGAACCGUGGAACCUUCUAGACUUUAACAUUUUGGCUAUUUUUAUCAGCUCAUUCAUUGCACGGCUGAUGGCGUUCUGGCACGUGUACGCCGCUCAGCGCUAUGUGGACGAGCACCACGCUAAUCUGUCUGGAAACUCCCUGCCUUCAAAUAUUCAAUACUUUCAGCUCGCCCGAGUCAGCUGGCUUUCGUCAGAUCCGCAGCUGAUUUCCGAGGGUCUGUACGCCAUCGCGGUGGUGAUGAGCUUCUGCCGCGUGGCUUACGUGCUGCCCGCCAACGAGAGCUUCGGCCCGCUGCAGAUUACGCUGGGCAGGACAGUGAAGGACAUCUUCAAGUUCCUGGUGAUUUUCAUCACCGUCUUUGUGGCGUUCAUGGUGGGGAUGUUCAACCUGUACUCAUACUAUCUCGGGGCCAAGUACAACGACGCGUUCACCACGCUGGAGGAAAGCUUCAAAACGCUCUUCUGGGCAAUCUUCGGCCUGUCUGAGGUGAAGUCGGUCGUGAUUGACAUCGACCACAAAUUCAUCGAGAACACCGGCUAUGUCCUGUACGGCGUCUACAACGUUAUCAUGGUCAUCGUCUUGCUGAACAUGCUCAUCGCCAUGUUCAACCGCACCUUUCAGGAGAUCGAAGGUGACGCUGACGUAGAGUGGAAGUUCGCCCGAGCCAAACUGUGGUUCUCAUACUUUGAGCAGGGCUGCUCGCUGCCCGUGCCCUUCAACCUUCUCCUGACUCUCAGCCCCGUUGCUUCUUUCCUGCGGGGACUCAAAGGAUCUCUGUGGUACGCAGAUCGAGGCAAAGACACUGAAAGUACGCAAGGUGAAGAACGGGAACGACAAAAGUUAAGUCGACAAGAAGACUCCAGAGUGGACACAUCUGCUUGCCCAACAUGUUAUCAAAGGAUCAUGAAACGGCUCGUCAAGAGACACAUCUUAAAAGCCCAGCGGGACAAAGAAAACGACGAGGUGAACGAAGGCGAGUUGAAUGAAAUCAAGCGGGACAUCUCCAGUCUGCGCUACGAGCUGCUGGGGAUGGGCAAGCGGGAAGUGAAGACCCUGGCAGAGCUCAUCAGGCAGCUCGGUGACGUGCCGCGAGGACCCCACGAGUCCUGUAUGGAAAGAUGCCAUCAAAGUCAAUGAGGAGUUCAACCGACUGUACGGACUGGAAUUGUUCAGAUAUUGACAGAGGUCACGGUUUGCAACGCAAGUGCAUGAACUUUGACCCUCUCGUAUAAGGUACCAGAAAUAUAUAUAAUUUGUCCAUUCAUACAGAAUUGGUGAGUUAAAAUGAAUGGAAAGGUUUUCAUUUACCUUGUGAAAAAAAAAAAUCGCUUCAUUAACACAGAUGAAAAAUAGGAACGCAAAAAUUUGAGAGUGGGCUUUUAUUGUGGGCAGCCUCAGGCACACCUGUGAAAUAAUAUACCGUAUAGAGCGCAUCUCAUUAUAAGCCUCACCCAGUACAUUUGUAAAAGAAAUACCAUUUGGUACAUACAUAAGCCGCACCUGUGUAAAAGCCGCAACUGCCCACAUUGAAUCCCACAUUGAAACACGAGAUGUUUACAAAGAAAGACGGUACACAGAGUUUUCAAAGUUUUAAUACCUUAACUUAGCUUAGCAUAGCAACAAUAUGGUAGCACGAACAGGGCUGGUAAAAAUACAAAAAACAAAAACAUACCGGUAAAAAAAAACUUCUUCUUCUUUUCCUUUCGGCU